AUGGAUUUUAGACGCAAAUCGAAAGCGCGCAUUGAACGAAAACCCGAAUAUGAGAAUUUGGAACAAAAAUAUAAACACAAUGUGCUCCUGUAUCGUUUGCCACCGACCGAAGAUAUUAAAAUACAAGAAUUUGAAGAUUUGGCCUUGGAACGUUUGAAAGUCUUGAGGAUUUUGGAGCAGGCACAGGCCAAGGGUUUACGAUUUCUAUCGGAUGAUUGGAAGGAAUAUGUCCACGAUGAAUUAUCACGAGAAGGUCUGAAGGGCUAUUUGCGUCUAUGUACAAAUGGUGGUAAUACAGCGGCAAAUAAUAUAAGCAAACAUGAGUUUGAGUUGCAGGCUCGCCGACGAGACUACAUUUCACAUUUUAUUUUGCGACUGGCCUAUUGUCGUACCCAGGAGCUAAAGAGUUGGUUCAUUGCCCGCGAAAUGGAAUUAUUCAAGUAUAAAUUUUCCGCCAUGACCCCAGCCGAAAUAAAACAAUUUCUCGAUUUGCACAAUUUGAAUUAUGUUCCCCUAUCUGCUGAGCAGAAAAACGCCGUUAAGGAUGGUCUCAUCGAAAGUACAGUGGGUCAGAGUGUGGCCAAAAUUGAAAUGUUGGAUUUUUAUAAAGUUCCAUUUACACAAGUUCUGGAUUUGGUUCGAUCGCGUCGUUGCUAUCUUAAAGAUGGUCAGGCCUACGUCAACACCCAUGACUUCAUAUCAAUUGUGGGCACCAAGCAGCUAGAAGAAAUUGAGCAUGGUCUCAAGUCGGCCCAACGUUUAAUACGUGAAGUAGAGACAGAUGAACGUCUAUUCACCCUUCUGAAAUCUUUACACACCUCCUACACGGGUAAAGAUUAUACCGUUGGCAAGGAUGUCAAGGUACCCAUCGAAUCUAUCGAUCAAUUAUCCAAAAAAUCAUUCCCUCUCUGUAUGCGUUUGUGUCAUGAACAUCUGCGCACCACACAUCAUCUCAAAUAUGAUGGCCGUAUGCAAUAUGGCCUGUUUUUGAAAGGUAUUGGUGUCACCCUAGAGGAUGCAAUACGAUUUUGGCGUGAAGAACUAACAAAGAAAAUGGAUCCCGAGAAAUUUGUUAAAAGUUAUCAAUAUAAUAUUGAACAUAACUAUGGUAAAAAGGGUUCUCUCAAGGAUUACGCACCAUAUUCGUGUGCCAAAAUUAUCCAAGAAAAUGUUGUACAAGGCAGUGCCAAUGGCUGUCCCUUUAAGUACUACGAUCAAUCGACGCUGAAACAAAAACUUGCCGCUGCCGGUUUGGGUACAGCACACAUACAAGAUGUUGCCGCUUUGGCAGCGAAACAUCAUUAUCAAUUGGCAUGUGCUAAAUAUUUUCAAGUUACCCAUGAUACGAAUGUUGAAGUUGCCAUUAAUCAUCCGAAUCAUUAUUAUCUCCAGAGUCAAGAACUUAUGGGAAGUCGUGUCGAAAAGAAAUCAACUGGUGGUGGGCCACGAAAAUCUAUGAAAAGUAAUAUUAGCAGUACUCAAUCGACACAAGAUUAUUCGUCGUAUAUGAAUGGCGACGAUGAUGAUGAACUGUGGAAUAUUGCCGAUGAUACACAAAAAACUUUUGAAAGUAGUACCCAAAAACCCACGUCGAAAUCCAGUGAAAUUGCCUGGGAAGAUGAUUUGGAUUUAACGGCUAUAGAUUAUUAA